CUUUGUGAUCUCCUGUGCACCUGCAGCUAGGGCUGCAAUCACCAGGAGAAAGGACCAGCACCUCUGAUGGGAAGCAGUGGGCCAGAAGCUACGGAGUCGGAGGUUCCUGGUUUUUACAGCAGUUUCCUGACGCCCAUGAAGAUCACUGGUUUUCUUCCUGGCCUCAGGUCAGGCUCCUCUCCCUUGGCCAAGAAGUUGGGCCAGGAGGGCCUGCAAGUGUGAAGAGGUCUCGUGCAUGGAAUGCAGGCCCCCUGAAGCCAGAGUGUUCUCUGUGAUCAGAGUUGCAGGGCUUCCCCGCUGCGGGGGACGAGGGGCUGCCUCAGCGUCUGCUCAUGAGCCACAAGGGCCCCGACUGCUCCAGACUGGACCUUUUCAAGCCACCAAAGAGGCGGGUUCCUGGAGCUGGCGGCCAGCACUCACAAGGAACUCGAGGGCUGGGAUGGACUGACCUCUGCCUUGACAGGGUGGCAGAAGAAGCAGAGCCUUUGUGGCCCAGCUAGUGACUGAUUAGACCUAAUGAAGCCCUAAGCGGAGGCUCCAGUGGCUCAGGGACGGGGGGGAGGGAGGGGGGCUACUCUUGCAGACCUGCUUUCUUCCUUUUACUGAGGGAGGGCGUGGCAAAAGGCCCCUGCCACACCUCGUGCCCCUAUGCCCUUUACACGUGCUGCCAAAACAAGCAGGCUGCGCCGUGGCUGGCCUCACAGUGGGCUGGGAAAGGACUGGCCACGGUGACAGCUGCCCCGUGGCCAGCACAAUGAAGUGCUCCCUUCGGGUCUGGUUCCUCUCUAUGGCCUUCCUGCUGGUGUUCAUUAUGUCCCUGCUCUUCACCUACUCACACCACAGCAUGGCUGCCUUGCCCUACCUAGACUCGGGGACCCUGGGCGGAACACACCGGGUGAAGCUGGUGCCAGGCUACUCGGGACUGCAGCGCCUUGGCAAGGAGGGGCUUUUGGGGAAAAGUUGUGCCUGCAGUCGCUGCAUGGGUGAUGCCGGUACCUCUGACUGGUUUGACAGCCACUUUGACAGUAACAUCUCGCCUGUCUGGACCAGGGACAACAUGUAUCUCCCCCCGGAUGUCCAGAGGUGGUGGAUGAUGCUGCAACCCCAAUUCAAGUCACACAACACCAACGAGGUCCUGGAGAAGCUGUUCCAGAUUGUGCCUGGCGAGAACCCCUACCGUUUCCGGGAUCCCCAACAGUGCCGGCGCUGUGCUGUGGUGGGCAACUCAGGCAACCUUCGGGGCUCUGGCUAUGGGCAAGAAGUGGACAGCCACAACUUUAUCAUGAGGAUGAACCAGGCACCAACUGUGGGCUUUGAGAAGGAUGUUGGCAGCCGGACAACCCACCAUUUCAUGUACCCCGAGAGUGCCAAGAACCUGCCUGCCAAUGUCAGCUUUGUGUUGGUACCCUUCAAGGCCCUGGACCUAAUGUGGAUUGCCAGUGCCCUCUCCACAGGACAGAUCCGAUUCACUUAUGCCCCAGUGAAAUCCUUCCUUCGAGUGGACAAAGAAAAGGUCCAGAUUUACAACCCAGCCUUCUUCAAGUACAUCCAUGACAGGUGGACAGAGCAUCACGGGCGCUACCCUUCCACGGGAAUGCUGGUGCUCUUCUUUGCACUACAUGUGUGUGAUGAGGUAAACGUGUAUGGGUUCGGGGCUGACAGCCGAGGCAACUGGCACCACUACUGGGAGAACAACCGUUACGCGGGCGAGUUCCGGAAGACAGGAGUGCAUGAUGCUGAUUUCGAAGCCCAUAUCAUUGACAUGCUGGCCAAGGCCAGCAAAAUCGAGGUCUACCGAGGCAACUGAGCAGCUCAAGGCGCCAUCAGGACCAGUCAAGUCUCGGACCGGCAGGAGCCGGUUGCCACCCACCAAUCAGACUGCGCCGUCCCCAGCAACCAAUCAGUGCUGCAGUUGGGCAGAGCUUCUCUUUCUUAGCCAAUCAUGCGACUCAAGGAGAACUUCCGGCACCGCCGUCCCCACCAAUCAUGGCCUUGGGAUGCGGCGGUCCUCGAUCCCCUUCCCCUCCCCCUGCUUUGGAUAAGAGUUUCUUUUCCGCCUUUAAAGAGGCGGGGCUGGGGCUGUGCAGGAGCGCUUUGGACUACUUGUUUCCAGCUUAGGCCCGGAUGGGUGAGUGAAGCCCACCAAAGAAACGUGGUUGCGGUGAGACCCUCUCCAGGGCAUUCCGUGGCUCAUCAGGUAGUCGGGGAUUGCAUUCACUCCCAGUUGGGUGAACCUCCCUAGUGUCAGGAAGGGGUUGGAAACUCCACCGAGUCUCAUGCAAGGUGCUUCUCUCACAUGUGCCCUCACUCCUACUUUCCCCACCACCACCUCAGCGUCUGUCCUUAGGCCCUGGACCUCCUUUCCAGCUCAUCUGUUGAUCUAGAGACAAAAUGACACCACAGGGGCCCUGCUGCCCUCGCACUCACACCACAGCCCAUGUCUUUAGCCCUAAGGCAAGAGCAGCAUGGUGGAUAGCAGGUUGGAAAGGAGAGCACAGCUGCCUAUGCAUGUAUCUUUUCUUUAAUUGUCACCCCAAAGAGGAGCAGGCAGCCUCUUGCUUGGGGGUAGGAUUUGCUUUGGACUCAUACUUCAGUUACCCUGAAGCUGCCAGGGAUGGCUGUCCAACCAAGAUUGCUUGACAAUUCUUUGCAGGCCUCGCAGAUGGCUUGGAGCUUUGCUGGGGAGGAGCAUAUUGGUGGCUGCCAUGCAUGCCUCCUCCUGUCCGCAUCUUGACCCUGCUUACUCGCCCGUUCUAACUCGCUUUCCAGCUCCUAAAGGGCUGGUA